CUGUGCGGCGUCACUUCCUUUUUCCGGUUUGUGUGCUGGGUGGCGACGUGUCUUUGGGUUUCGAGCCGUCGCAGGAGCCGUUUAUAAUGGAUCAAGUAAUGCAGUUUGUGGAGCCCAGCCGGCAGUUUGUGAAAGAUUCCAUCAGGCUUGUUAAAAGAUGCACAAAGCCAGACAGGAAAGAAUUCCAGAAGAUUGCCAUGGCAACAGCAAUAGGUUUUGCAAUAAUGGGAUUUAUUGGUUUCUUUGUAAAACUGAUUCAUAUCCCGAUCAACAAUAUCAUUGUGGGUGGCUGAAUGCAUUGGAAGAUCUUGCUUUGAUAACUGCGCAUGGUGACAUCAGAAAAUGUUGUUGCUGUUUAGCUUAAUAAUUCACCUAGUUUACUGUAUCUUUUUGCUACUUGCCAAUAUAAACCAAGGUUUAAACUAAAAA